AUGACGGCGAAGAGACGGGAGCUGUCCAGGGACAUGAGAGAUUUCCUCGACAACGCGCCGAAGGAGUUGCAUUCGCUCAAAGAAGAACUAUCCGAGUGCAGAGCUGAAAUUGAGAAAGUGGUCAACGAGAACAAAUGGCUCUUCAACGAGUUAAAACACCAGGUUCAAGUUCGCCUGAACUCAAUCGUCGAUUAUAAGAAUAGUGGUAACGCCGAAGUUGUGACAACCCUCCAAGAGGAGCGGGAUGCUGCUUUGGAGGCGAGGGACAAAGCGGUUAGAUUGUUCGAAAACUCCGUCGAGGAAAUGUCCCGGAUGGACGCUGAGUUGAAAGCGAAAGCGGAAUUCGUCUCCCCGGAAGACUUUGAAGCCGCCGUCCUGAAACUUCGUGAAGAACACGUGGUCAAAGUCGACUCGCUCGAGCGCCAGUUGCACCUGACGCAGAAAGAACUCCGUAGCGCUUCGUCCUCAGUGCAUCAGCUGACUUGGAGACUACUCAAGGAUGGGGGCACGACCGUCGACAACAAUCAGAUGAAGAUAGGUGAUAUUUUGCGUGCAAUGGAAAACCUCCAACGACAGUACAACGAUUUGGAAUUAUCGUAUCAGAAUCUCCAAUCGAAAUGCGAACUACAGGAGGACCACCUGGAAAAGAAGAAGACUCGAUGCAAGGAGCUCGAGACCAAAGUUGAGCAUUCGAGGGACCGAAACGAGCAGCUCGAAGCUCAGUUAUCGCAAGCUUUGCAACACGCCGAAAACUCAAUCCAUACCGCGGAACUCGCGGUGAGCGAACGCAAUACGAUGCUGCAUCACGUGCAGGACCUCCAGAAAAGUGCUGCUCAACUCCAAGCUAAACUCUUCGAAAGCAAGAAGGAACGGGAGCGGCUCAUCGCUUCGAAGGUGGAGAAAAUAAAGUUACAACUCGAAGCCCAGCUGGCCGAUGUGCGGUGUCAGCUGACGGCAUCGCAGGAGAAAAUCGAGACCCUCAAGGAUGAGGCCAACCGAGUGUCGAGGGACCGCGAUGACCUAUCGGAGAGGCUGCGGAAAGCCCUCGAAACCGAAAGACUCGAUCGGGAUCAGCGUCUCAAAGAAGAUAAGAUAUUCCGCGAUAGCACAAUGCAAGAAGUGAUGGACAGGCGACGCGAGUUCCUCGAUGAGAAGGCAAGGCGAGAAGUACUCGAACAGAGAUACAAUGAGAAAUGUGAUGAAAACAAGAGGCUGUCAAGAAAGCUGGGCGAUGCAGAAACGGCUCUCAUCGACUUGAAGAAUGAAACGGCACGCAUUCACCGAUCUAUGACAGACUUGAAAAAAGAGAGCGAUAGGCUUUCCGAGGAGAGACUGAAGGUAGAAGAGGAGCUCCGGAAAAAGCAAGAAGAAGAGAAUGAUCAGCUCAAAACUGAAAUUCAUCGACUGAUGAAAAAAAUCGAGCUCUUGGAGAAAAUUCAUAAUCAGGUUAAAGAGGAGUUCAAGAAAAAGAUAGUCAAAGUGUACAAACGGGAACAGAAGUACAAAGAAACGGCAGAAUUCCUAGAGGAUCGGAUGAAGAAACAGGCUGGCGUCUUGACAGGUUGA